AUGACACAACCUCCCCACCGCGCACCCGCCAAACGCACCGUCCCCAAGAUCGUAGCCCCCAAACCACCCGCGGCCCCAUCAGCCAAGCAACCCGCAAAGCCGAAGAAAGAAAAGCGAUACCCCUUCGACUCCCAUCAAGACGACAUCGUAGUCAACACUACUGAACUCGACACCGCUCCGGGCUUUAGAAGAGGUAUAGUGGACUAUCGGCAUAAACUCACGCUGAAGAAGACGUAUAACCAUAUCACGACGGACUAUGCGGAGGAUAUGAAGAUGACUAUUCCGAAGGAUGCGGUUACACCCUUAGGGUCUGAGAUGUUUGUUGAUGGGGAUGGGGAUAGCGACAACGAUGACGACGAGGAUGGAGACGACGAUGAGGAUGAGAAUUCCAGCGCCAACGCCGACAACCCCAAAUCCAAGCGCGACGAGCGUACCUACGUGCCCGAAGUCAGCGACACAAUCAUCGACUACACCAAGCUGCCCAAACCGCGAUGCAACCGCCCUAACUACGUAGAAUACAUCUACCGCGCUGCAACCACCAACCCCGCUGUCUUCCUCGCUAUCCUACGUGUCGCAGAGAGGAAUCUGCCGUUUAUAAAUUUCGACUCGGCGAUUACGCAUUUACCUAAUUUAUUGGCGAAUGCGAGACUUCCUGGUAUACCGGCCCUCUCAGCCUUGUCGCCCGAUACAACCAACCCUUCCGCAUCCCAAAACCAGCCGGGGGAAAAGAAAGCCAACCAGCCCGCUUUCACAGAAGACACACCCCACGAGAAGAAAGAGACAGAUAUACCGAUGACAAUCCUCUUCCUACCGAACCUAUACGAAGACGGGCGCCACGCACUCGGGUACUACGCGCUCGCCCCGGAAGCAGAUCCAGACACGAAACAACUCAACCCGGAAGACGUUGUGCAAAUUCUUUUCACGCCGUGCGGUAUAUCUGAUUUAGUGGAGGCGAGAUUGUUGGAGUGGACGGCUAUUGAUCCUGAUCUUAAAGCGCGGGCUGAUGAGAAGAAGGGUAAGAGCGGUAAGGAGAGAGAUGGGUUGGAAGGGGAUGCUGGAGAUGCUGGAGAUGGAGACGAAGAAGAAGAGUUGACUGUUGAAUACAUAGAACAUGUGGCUGCGAGGGGAGGCGAGUGGUUGGAGAGGGAUGUAGUGGGGGAUUGGGAGGAGUGGUGUAGGAGUUUUAGGGUUGCGAGGAGGGUUUGGGAGAAGGUGCUUAAGGGGGUUGUGGAGGUUAGGGAAGUGGAGGAUCUGAAGGAAGAUGUUGCGAUGAAGGAAGAGCCUGGCGCGUGA